AUGAGACCCCGGCCUCCUCACGGGCUCCCCUCGGGCAGUGGGAGAGAGUCCGGCAAGCGGGCCGAGGAGAUGUGCGAGCUGAUCAGCCCGCGGAGUAACGGCGCCUCGGAGUCCUGGAGGGGCGCGGUGCUGCGGGAUGGGGGGCUGACCCGCAGGGCAGAGUCCCAGAGGGGUGCAGUUGCAGACACCCCAGCUCUGUGCUGCAGAUCGUUCCCCCUUGUUCCCUGUGUUCCAGGUAAGAGCAAGGAGGCCGAGAUCAAGAGGAUAAACAAGGAGCUGGCCAACAUCCGCUCCAAGUUCAAAGGGGACAAGGCUCUGGACGGCUACAGCAAGAAGAAGUACGUCUGCAAGCUGCUCUUCAUCUUCCUGCUGGGCCACGACAUCGACUUCGGCCACAUGGAGGCCGUCAACCUGCUGAGCUCCAACAAGUACACCGAGAAGCAGAUCGGGUACCUCUUCAUCUCGGUGCUGGUAAACUCCAACAGCGAGCUCAUCCGGCUCAUCAACAACGCCAUCAAGAACGACCUGUCCAGCCGCAACCCCACCUUCAUGAACCUGGCCCUGCACUGCAUCGCCAACGUGGGCAGCCGGGAGAUGGCCGAGGCCUUCGCCGCCGACAUCCCCCGCAUCCUGGUGGCCGGAGACACGAUGGACAGCGUGAAGCAGAGCGCCGCCCUCUGCCUGCUGAGGCUGAACCGCACCUCCCCGGACCUGGUGCCCAUGGGCGAGUGGACCUCCAGAACCACGCUGGCGCAGAAGAACCCGGAGGAGUUCAAGACCUCGGUGUCGCUGGCGGUGGCCAGGCUGAGCAGGAUCGUGACCUCGGCCUCCACUGACCUCCAGGACUACACCUACUACUUCGUCCCGGCGCCCUGGCUGUCGGUGAAGCUGCUGCGCCUGCUGCAGUGCUACCCUCCUCCAGAGGACGCGGCGAUCCGCGGCCGUCUGACGGAGUGCCUGGAGACCAUCCUGAACAAGGCCCAGGAGCCGCCCAAGUCCAAGAAGGUCCAGCACUCCAACGCCAAGAACGCCGUGCUGUUCGAGGCCAUCAGCCUGAUCAUCCACCACGACAGCGAGCCCAACCUGCUGGUCAGGGCCUGUAACCAGCUGGGCCAGUUCCUGCAGCACCGGGAGACCAACCUGCGGUACCUGGCGCUGGAGAGCAUGUGCACGCUGGCCAGCUCCGAGUUCUCCCACGAGGCCGUGAAGACGCACAUCGAGACCGUCAUCAACGCGCUGAAGGUGCGUCCGGGGCCGGCUCGCGCCUGGGCGGUCCCUCCGACACACAGGGCUCCGGUGACCUGGAUCCCUGGUCCAGCUGUAACGGAGCAGAUGUGUUACUGUGCCCUGUCCGGGUGCGGCGCUGGUCACCUGGCAGCAGGCUGGUCCUGGUACGUGGACACCAUCCUCAACCUCAUCCGCAUCGCCGGCGACUACGUGAGCGAGGAGGUGUGGUACCGCGUCAUCCAGAUCGUCAUCAACCGCGACGACGUGCAGGGCUACGCCGCCAAGACCGUCUUCGAGGCUCUUCAGGCGCCUGCGUGCCACGAGAACCUGGUGAAGGUCGGGGGGUACAUCCUGGGCGAGUUCGGGAACCUGAUUGCUGGGGAUCCCAGAUCGAGCCCCCUGGUCCAGUUCAACCUGCUGCACUCCAAGUUCCACCUGUGCAGCGUGCCCACGCGCGCCCUGCUGCUCUCCACCUACAUCAAGUUCGUCAACCUGUUCCCCGAGAUCAAGGGCACCAUCCAGGACGUCCUGCGCAGCGACAGCCAGCUGAAGAACGCCGACGUGGAGCUGCAGCAGAGGGCCGUGGAGUACCUGCGGCUGAGCUGCAUCGCCAGCACCGACAUACUGGCCACGGUGCUGGAGGAGAUGCCCCCCUUCCCCGAGAGGGAGUCCUCCAUCCUGGCCAAGCUGAAGCGGAAGAAGGGCCCGGGGAUGCUCCCGGACAUCGAGGACGGCCGGAAGGAACGGAACGCCGACGUCAACGGGGGCGCCGAGCCGGUGCACGUCAGCACCAAUUCCAAGAGCUCCCCCCCCUCCUUACCCAGCGGCCACCGGGCGCAGUCACUGCCCUCCGCCCGCCGGCCGCGCCCCCCUGCCAGCGCCCCGCUGCUGCCUCCUCGUGGCCCUCUGCCCCCCGGCGGCCCCGGAGCGCCCCUCUUCCAGUCCAACUCCUCCCCCUCCGCUGACCUGCUGGGGCUUGGCAGCGCCCCCACUCUCAACUCCGCACCCCCGCCCGCCGCAGGGGGCAGCCUGCUGGUGGACGUCUUCUCCGAGAACAGCACCAGCCUGCCCAUGAUGCCCCCCGCCGACGAGAACUUCUCUAGGUUCGUGUGCAAGAACAACGGGGUUCUGUUCGAAAACCAGCUGCUGCAGAUCGGGCUGAAGUCCGAAUUCCGGCAGAACCUGGGGCGCAUGUACGUCUUCUAUGGAAACAAGACCUCCACGCAGUUCCUGAGCUUCUCCUCCUCGGUGCUCUGCCAGGACAGCCUGAAGUCUGAGCUCAACGUCCACACGAAGCCGGUGGACCCCACCGUGGACGGAGGCGCCCAGGUGCAGCAGAUCCUCAAUAUCGAGUGCGUGUCCGACUUCAUGGAGGCUCCCGUCCUCAACAUCCAGUUCAGAUACGGUGGGACCCUUCAGAACAUCGCUGUCAAGCUGCCCAUCACUCUCAACAAGUUCUUCCAGCCCACAGAGAUGACAUCUCAGGAUUUCUUCCAGCGCUGGAAGCAGCUGAGCGCCCCACAGCAGGAGGUGCAGAAGAUUUUUAAAGCAAAGCAUUCCAUGGACACUGAGGUCACUAAAGCAAAGAUCAUUGGGUUUGGAGUGGCGCUGCUUGACCGCGUGGACCCCAACCCCUCCAACUUUGUGGGAGCUGGAGUCAUCCACACCAAGACCACUCAGGUGGGCUGCCUGCUGAGACUGGAGCCCAACACGCAGGCGCAGAUGUACCGCCUGACGUUAAGAACGAGCAGGGACACCGUGUCACAGAGGCUUUGUGAACUGCUUUCUGAUCAGUUUUAAACAGCCCCACAUGCCACAGCCUACGGAGAGCCUCUGCAGUACCCUUCAGCUCCCAGUAACACCAGAGGGCCUUGCCCCAUUAAUAAAAGUCAGCCCGUACACCUGUGAUUGAAAUCUUCAGCUCUGUCCGCCCAGUCCCCCUCCUCUUCCUCUUCUGUUUCCAUUGAAAAUUGAAAUGCUUCAAUGUACAGUGUAAAUUUUUGUUAUUUUUUUUUACAUAUAUAAAUAUAUAAAAUAUCUUCUGGCACUUAGCUUUACUAAUUUACCAUUCUGCUCCUUUUUGGCUUUUGCAUAUGACCACGAGCCUGAAACCGACAGUUUCGACAGUGGGGCUCGUGGCGAACUCGCGAUUGCCAGUGGCCUUGCGCGGCUCUCCUGCCUGGGGGUGCUGGAGUCCUGUAGGAGGAACGGCUGUGCGGGCAGGACGAGCCCCCCCCACCCUGUCGCAGGGACCACACUGACCCACGUGCCUUGAAGAAACGCCCAGGCGUCGGCCCGCCAGCCUCUCGGGAACUGAACUCUGGCCCGAGGCCUCCCCGGCGUCUCUCCCUCGAAGCUCGGAGAGCGUCGGUUUAGGCCGAUCCUCUGAGCUCUGAGCUGCGGGACCCUGGUGUGCAGCCCGGACACGAUAGUGCAGAGCAGCACUCGGGCAGCGUGACUGGACUUACUCUGUGCUGACCAGUGCCUCACUGUGAAAACGACAAAUGAAGCGACAUUUCAACUGCUGCAGCUUCUGAUCUGUUAAGACUCUGGUCGGAUUUGUCUCGUCGUGACAAAUGUGUGUAAAAACAAGUCUGAAGACAUCAGGGCUUUGAGGGUGGGUAACGGAGAAAGGACUAGUCUGAGAGAUUCUCUUUUUUUCAGCGUUUAGAUGUUAGAAUUGGCUUCUUUGAAACUAAAUGCUGAGAAAGUUUUCUGAGGGGGUUAAACUACAGCAUGUCUUUGUUCUCCAAACAGUUAAUCAUGAAAAGGGUAGUCUUAGGUUUUGUCCUGGAGGAGGGGGAACUUUUUUCUUGUAAAUCAUGGAAAUUGGCCACUGUAGAGAGACAGACCCUGGCUGUUCAGCCUCAGGACUUUCCUGGGGGAAGGGACACAGUCGUGUUAAUCUGGAUAAGGUCAGGUACUGUACUGAGUACUGAAACAUUUCCCAGAAGCAGCUUCAUGUAUCAUUUACUUGUAGGCGAGAGUGUGAAAAUUGAACUGGAGGCACAUGAGAAAAACCCUCGCUCAGUAUAGCAUAAUCGUAGCCCCAGGACUGGGAGAGCUGGUUAACGACCCGCAGCAGUGGCAGUUCGUGGGUUAAUGAGCCCUGCUGUUGCUUGGCCUUACCGAACAGCAAUGUCACUGCCUUGCCUAAGUGUGCCUUUAGCUCAAUAUAUAUUUUUAUCCUUUUUGAUAUAUAUUAAAAUGCCUUGUCUUCUGCUUUGUCUCAUGCCCCAGGUGCUGCCAAUUAAAUCUGAGAGUUUAUCACUUUUA